GUCUGCUUCGGAGACUCCUGGCAAGGCUGCGGUUGGUGAAGAAAACAUCGUCAAGCUGCAGCACGUGCAGGACACCCGCGAGUUCUUCAUCGAAGUCUUGGAAUACCUGCCGGGUGGCAACUUGUACCAGUACCUUGAGCAAAAGGAGAUGCUUGACGAGUACACCGCUUGCCGCGUCUCCCUCCGUAUCCUCAAGGCGCUGGAUCAUCUCCAUGCUAGGCGGCUGCUGCACCGGGACGUGCGGCUCCAGCAGUUCAUCUUGGCAGAGCCUGGGGAUCCCGAGAGCUGCAAGCUUGCAGAUCUCUGGUGCCUGGCCAGCCUCCCGCGCAAGAAGAACUUCAUGGUGGAAGAGGGCAGGCCAUGUGAUCUCCUUACGGCCGCGCCAGAGGUGGUGAAGCAGGGUGAAUUCAGUGCCAAAUCCGAUGUUUGGGCGGCCGGCUGCGUCAUUUUCGAGCUGCUUCAUGGACAUCCUCCAUUCGGAGGCACUGGAAAGGCCCUGGUCCAGCGCAUUUGCUGCGGGGAGCCGGAAUUCAGCGAGCUUGGGACCGCCACCGGAGGUUUGUCUGACAAUGCCAUUGACCUCCUGCGCUGGAUGCUCCAGCGAGAGCCUGGGCAGCGGCCCUCGGUGCACGAGUGCCUGAAGCAUGCUUGGUUCGAGGGUUACAACGUGGAGAAGCCCAGCAAACAAGUCUGGCAGGUUGAAAAGCUGAUCCGGCACGUCAAGCUUUGGGGCAAGCCCCCCCACUCCCGCCGCAACCUUCCAGCCUCCAAUUUGCUGGCCUCAAAGCGGGGCAUUGUGACGCCAGGCUUCUGCACCUACAUGGGAGCAACCUCUGUGGACAUUGACUUCGAACCCUGUCAGAUGUGCCAGGGAGUGCUUGAGGUGAUCGGCAAGAGCGAGGAGCAGCAGUCUCUUGGUUCCAGAGUUUGGUACUGGGUGACAAAGUGCGUUCUGUCGCUCUGGGGCCGCGAGGAGAAUCCGAAGCAAAUUCAGCUGAAGGUUUGCGUCAAGCCAGGGAGCCCUUGGGUAGAACUGGGCUCCUGCACGCUGGACGACUCUACAGCCCUGGAGGCGUCAAUCAAAAUCGACAAGCCCAUCCGAUAUGUCCGGAUCUCCUUGCGGGGCAACCUUGGUGGCCACUUUGGCAUCGCAGUACGGAAGGUCGCCUUCUACGGCUAUCAGGUUCGACAGAUUCCAAUCGCCUUGCACCUGGAGAACUUGAAAUUCCUGCGCGGGAGCCGCCUCCACACCCAUGCGCAAGACAUCCACCCCAAGGAGGUCAACGCGCGUGUGCACAAGUCCUUGCAAAGCAGCCUCAGGGUGGGUCGGCGGAUUGAGGGCACUGGCGCCAAGUACCGUGUGUACGAGGACAUUUGCUCUGGAUCGCCUCACAUUACCACCGCUGCAGAGACUCCAAGGCUGAAGUUUCCUCAAGGAGUUGUGCUAAUUGGGGCUGUUCUCGGCUUGCGCUAUGUGUCCGAAGUUCCAUCGAAAGAGUCAGCGCCUCCAAGACUCCGCAUCCAGAUUGUGAAGGAAGUUAACGCUGGCGGCGACCACGAGAGGCGCAUGAAAAAGACUUUGCUGUUUGCCACGGAGGACUUGACACCACCAAGCUGGAAGGCUAACGAGGUGUUGGGCAAUGGUUACGUGGACUAUCCUGUCAUGUUCUCUACGGGCAUCCGUGCCAACGGCGAUGACAGGCUGCACCUGGAAAUCCUCUUUCAGAACUUCUCCGGAACCGCGCAUGUUCCGGCGGAUCUUGGCUUGUCGUUCUUUUACGUGCCAGAGCUGCAGUCGCCCAGCACUUCCGAGGACGAAGGCCUUUGGGCAGGGUGUAUUCAAUCGGUUCAGAGUGCUACUGUAGAGAGCGUGUCACUGGGGAUGCGGAAGUUACUAUCGAUUUGGUUUCCAUUUCAUUUUCCGCGUUCUUUUCCAUGUGAUUUUCUAUUGUUGAGGUUCUACAUACUACAACCCUAUAUAUUGGUUAGCUUAACUUAG